AACAACAAAAGUUUUGGUGAAAAGUUGCAAAUUUUUGGGGAAAAUCUUGUGAAAUUCGUGCCCAGAGGAUGAGUUUCAAUGAGAAUAAGAACGCUGAGAAUGCUCAAGCGAACCUGGAGGAGUGGUUGAUGCGUCUAAAUAACUACCAAAUCCCACAGGCGGAGAUGAAUAAGAUGAUUAUGAAUUACUUGGUGACAGAGGGCUUCAAAGAGGCUGCGGAGAAGUUCCAAGCGGAAGCUGGUGUGGAACCAACUGUGGAACUCAAUUCUCUCGACAACCGUAUCCUCAUACGAGAAGCUGUGCAGAAUGGACGCAUCCAGGAGGCAACGCAUCUCGUCAAUCAGCUGCAUCCAGAGCUGUUGGACAAUGAUAGGUAUUUGUACUUCCACCUGCAGCAGCUGCACCUCAUUGAGUUGAUACGUGCUGGGAAAAUUGAGGAGGCGCUCUCCUUUGCCCAGACCCAAAUGUCCGAGGCCGGUGAGAAUAAUCCGGAAGUUUUGAGUGAGUUGGAACGCACGCUGGCCCUGCUGGCCUUCGAGAAGCCCCAGCAGUGCCCCUUUGCCGACCUGCUGGAGCAAUCGCACCGUCAGAAGGUGGCCAGCGAGCUCAAUGCAGCCAUUCUCAAGUCUGAAAAUCAAGAGCACACAAGCCCACGCAUUGUGUACCUCCUCAAGCUCAUCCUGUGGGCCCAGGCGGAGCUCGAUAAGAAGAACAUCAGCUAUCCAAAGAUGCGCAAUCUCGCCACGGCGUCCAUUGUGCCAAAAAUGUAGGCCAAACGUGAGCUCCAGCAGCAGAUCUUCCCGCAGCGAUGCACCAUCUCGUAAAAAGAUUGAAAAAACACCAAGAGAAACAACAUCCCCCCUCCCAGGAAGUUCCUCCCGGAGGAGCUCACGUUAAAAAAAUUAUUCACCCCAUUUGAUUUUCUUUACGUUGAAGCAGUGAUGAUAGAUUACGUGUAUAAAUUACGUUAUUUUACUACGUUGCAAUUUAAAUCUCGCGUGUAAUUUAUUAUUUUGACAACAAAAAAUCCGAGAAAAACAUCAAUUUUUUUUUUGAUAAUUGGGCAGUUUUUGUUUUGCUCUUUGUGAGCACCAAAAAAAAAACAUUUUCUCGUCUAAUCAAAUUUUCCAAGGAAAAAUCAUGAAAAAAUGGAGAAAAUUGAUUUUAUAUUAUUUUGUUAAAUAAAAGUUUUAUGAAUAAUUUAUUACAAAUAAAGAACUAUUGGCUCAUUUAUAGAAAAAAAUGUUUUUUUUGUUUAUUUUGUUUGGAAAUUUGUUUCUUACAUAACCUCAAUGUUUUCUUUUGCAAAUUAUUGGUUUUUACAAUAUUUAUCCGGAUUUCUAACCUAACAUUUUUACCAUUACAUUAAAUGGGGAUGAAUGAGACAGAAAAUCGAAAUUGUACUGAAUUUAUGUGAAUAUCUUAGGUUAGAAAUCCGUGUAAAUAAUGAACAAACCAAUAAAAGAAAAUUUAAAUGAUUCAAAACUUAAAAAAAAAAUCCAAGUAAAAAUUAAAGCUUUUUACCAUAAACUUGAUCCAAUUUACUAAAAUAAAUAAUAGAACUUUAAAAAUAUAAAAAUAUCCAAUUUUUUCAAAGAAAAUCUGUGAAAUUCCCGUCAAAAUUACCAGCAAACUGCCCAAUGGGAUGCUAGAAGAAGCAUCCGUGUGUUUUCUGUUUUGUUACAAUCCCCAAAAUUCUAAUGUAAGCAUUUUUUAUUUAGAAAGUUUUUUAGGAAAUUUUGAAUAAAUUGGUAAUUCAAGAACUUAAAAA